UCACACCGCAUCUUCCCCCUUUUGACCUACUUCUCUACGGCUUCUCGCUCUUCGUCUUCCUUGCUGCCUUUUCCAUCGAAUUUACGGGAGUCCGGCACUCGUCGAUCGACGGCGAUGGAAAACCACAGAGUGGCGGAUGGGCCGGCGCUCCAGAUCUUCGCGCGGCUUCUCGACGGGAAGACGGCUACCCUGCGAUUCGGAGCGCCGGAGGCUUGUACUCGCGAAAUCAAGCGGCGAAUCUUCGAGAUCACCAGAAUCCCUGUUCAAUCUCAGAGGCUUGUCAGCGGCGGCCGGCAGCUCGACGACGAUUCCGUCGUCUCGGCGCCGGAGUGCAGCGUCCAGCUCUUGCUCGGCCUCCGCGGCGGGAAGGGAGGUUUCGGCUCGCUUCUCCGUGGCGCCGCCACCAAGGCGGGGCAGAAGAAGACGAACAAUUUCGACGCAUGCAGGGAUAUGAGCGGCCGAAGGUUGCGCCAUGUGAAUGCUGAGAAGAGGUUGGAGGAGUGGAAAGCCGGGGAGGCGGAGAGGAGGUUGGAGAAGGUCGCGGACGACUUUCUGAAGAAGAAUGCGAAGAAGCACAAGGGGGCGAAGGGGACCGGUGAUGGAGAAGCGGCGAAGUAUGUGGCGAAAUACAGAGAGGAUUCGGCUAAGUGCGUGGCAGAGGUUGAGGAUGCCGUGAGGGAGGCUUUUAGUAAUGGAAGUGGGAAACGGAGGGGGAAGUUCCCCAUGAAUGCUUCUGACGCCAAGAGGUUGAAGAAUUGGUUGGGGAAGGAGAAGUUGGGUGGAAGUGAUUCUGAAGAUACAGAAGAUGAUAGUGAUAGUGACGGCGAGGGCGAGGGAACUGAGAAAUCGGUCAUUCUUAGUGGUGGGACUAAUUCAGAUCCGAAUUCGGACUCUGUUUCUGAUGGGAAACAAACUGGAGAAUGUUCCACUGCUGCCUCCAGUGAGAGUGGUUGGGAGGAGGUAGAGAAAGAGGUUGCUGAAGGGGGCAACAGUAAGUCAAGUUCUGCAAGAGAGGUUAUCAAUGACGAGAUGGACAUGGUAGCCGAACCCGAGACGUGCUUGGAACUACCAGAACAUAGUGCCACUGUCACUUGCUUGGAAGUUUCUGAAGCUCCUGAACCUGAUAAAACAACAAUGGAAACUCAAGAGAUCCCCAGUUCCAAGAGUGUGGAAGUUACAGCUGUCAACCCAGUUAUUGGUGUGGGGAAUGGUCCAGUAGACUUGAAAGCUGAUGCGGAGGAAGAAAACGUAGUUGCAGAGACGAGCAAUGUUGAUUCGGAGAAGCAGCUCAACUUUGAAGAGGUCAAUUCACCUAAUGAUUUGGAGGUUCUUGGAUUGGAGAAGCUGAAGAAGGAACUGCAGGACCGUGGCCUGAAAUGUGGAGGCACUCUUCAAGAGCGAGCCGCAAGGCUUUUCCUCCUCAAAUCGACCCCUCUAGACAAACUACCUAAGAAGCUGCUCGCCAAGAAAUGAACGCUAAUAAUGUUUGUUACUACGCCGAGGAACAAAGGAAAGGUACUGUCCUUCCUUGAAAUGUAUUGUACAGUGACGUUUUUUGUUGUUGAAGUGAAUGUCCUCCUGAUCAGAAGCGCGACAUGAACGUUAUGUACUCUGAUGGUUUUCUUCUGUAAUGAAUUCCUUGAAGAACAUGCUGAUAGUAUAGUAAGCAGUUCUGAUAGGCAAACUAUGUUCUUACAUCUACAUGCCAGAUUAUUAGAUAACUUACUAUUGUUGCUGUAGCUAACAUUGAAAGAGCUAGAAGUGAGAACUGUGUGCUGCUUUGAUGAAUGGAGUAUGGAAGGAAACGUUUAGCAAGAUCAAUGGUCGAACACAUGGUAGAGCUGGCUUUGGCAAAGAUCGGAAAACAAAAGAAACGCUGCAGUUUGGCGCCAAGUACUGGAUUCUCAGUUAAACCGACACCGAAUUAAACCAUUUUGGCUACCAAAGCCGUUGAGUAUUUAAGAAAAAAAAAACGGUUUUGGGUAUUGGACUAUUGGUGGUUAUUUGGGUUGUAGCUAGGGGUGUUCAAAUGGUUACCAUGGUUAUAAUCAGUGUUAUUAAAGCCGGACUGGACCGGUCGGUCCGACCGGUGAAACCGUCACUCGGUCACCAAUCCGGUCCGGUCAAGCUAUUUAGCCGACACGGCUGGAUCACCCCAUUUACAAGCAAACCGACCGAUUCAACCGUCGAACCGUUCAAACCGCAUCAUCGGUUUUACCGGUCAGAAUCUUGGUGACAAAAAUAUCCAGCCAGGUGGAGAGAACUAGGAUUCGAACACUGUAGCUCUUCGUGCAAAGUCAAAUGUUUAUCCAGUUGCGCUACUACCAACUUGUGUAAUAGAAGCUACAAGUCUCAUUAUUAUACACUUUUGUAGUGUUUAGUUUUGAAACUAACCAUUAAAUAAUGUUCAUAACUAUUAAAAAUCACUCGCAUUAUACUUAAAUAAUUUAUAUUUCUGUACAAUAAUAUUCUUUACUUGUUUUUUGUUUGAAUAUAUUAGAAUAAAUAUAUAAUUAUAAUAACAUUAAUGGUUUCUAUUUAUAAUAAUUCUAUUUCUUAGACACCGGUUCGAUAACGGGUUUAUAACGGCUUGAUAGCGGUUAAAUCAAUAAAGUGCGAGCCGCUUAUAAUACCGGUUCUUAUGACGGUUCGGUUCUGACAACAUUGGUUAUAACCAAACCAAAUAAUGCUAAAUUCCAUUAACCAUGGAAUACAAUAUCAUAACCAAACCGUCCAAACUAAUACAACAAUCAAAUUAACCAAACUAAAGUUUAAUCGGUUUGGUUAAUUGGUUAACCAGAUUAACCAAUAUAAAAUCACAUUAUCAUUGACGAUGAAAAUUUUCCGGUUAAUGCAACAAUUCGCAAUUUAUAUAAUGAAUAAAACAUAACAAU